GUGUGUGUCGAGUUGCUCGAUCAGAGCUCCUCAUUCUUGGCCACUUUUUGGAUUUGAUUGCUGAUUUGUGAGGACUAUUCGGAUACAAGAGUUUUGGAAUUACUUCACUAACUAAGCUCCUCUUCCUCCUGCUCUCAUCUCAUCCAUCUCAGCCCAUGACAACAGAUCAGCCAACAUGGCUUUCUCAUCUCGCUUUUCCUUCUGGGAGCAAAAGAUCAAAGACGAUAACAACCCAGGAAGCAAGAGUUCAGACAGUGAAGGGCUGCCCAGCCGGGCCAAGUCAGUGCCAGCUCUAGACCCUGGCAGGGGGUUGUUCCGGGCAACAAGUCCGCCUUCAGUUUCCCCUACGGAAGCACGGGUCAGGAGUCCGUCCCCACCUAAAGUCAGGACACCUGUGAAAGUGCCAGAGCGCUUCAAAAGUCCAGAGCCACUGUCAAAGAUGGCAGAGCGAUUUAAGAGUCCUAAACCCCUACAAGCUCCUCUGAACCCUAAGCCAGUUACGAACAGUGAGCAAGAGCAAAAUGGCAUCAUGGGCAAAAGUGUGGUCAAUGGUACAGCCAACAAUGACAUCAAAUUUUCAGGUACCAGCCCCAGCCAGACAGAUACUACAGAUGACAAGGGUCUGACACGGAAGAAAGUGGUAAAGGUGGUUCGUCGGGUUGUCAGGAAGGUGCUACCUUCAGAAGAGGAAGAGGCCACUGUGGCAACCCAAACAUCAGACAAAGCUCCUCAAGCAGCCAAGCCUGUUGUUGAACCAGUGAAAGCAGUGCCAGCACCAACACCAGCGCCAGCUUCAGUGUCUAAGGCCCCUGUGAUGCCUGGGUUCUCUUUUAAACAUGACGUCAUCAAAACAGAGGAUAAAGACGACAUCUCGCGGGGAUUAACAAACCUCAUGGUCAGAGGCAGGUCAAGGGAGCAUCGCCCACGAAUAUCCAAGGAUGAGAGACCAGAAAAAAUAGAGUUGGAGAAGACAAAUGAGAAGAAAGAGGAAAAAGUUGUUGAGCCAGAGGAGAAGAAAGAGGAUAAAACCACCGUAAAGCCACAGGAGAUCAAACAAAAACCGGCAAGCUCUGGUCCAGUUAGACAGGAUGUCAGAUCUCCUGUGGCCUCUGUAACCCCGACCAGCGCUACCUCUGAGCGCUCAGCUCCAACAUUUUCCAAACCGACUCAUUCCAAACCUUCGACUCUCCCACAAGUUGUUGGUUUUAUCCCAGCUCCCAAGCCCACACCACUGUCUCCACCUCCUGGCUUCAUACCUGCACCCAGACCAGCUACUGCCACAAAAAUCACAGCUACAAAUCCUCCCUCUACCACUCUGGUGGCCCAGAAACCGCCCCCCCUCUUUUCUCCAUCACGUUUCAUCCCCAAUUCUAAACCCUCUCCUAUUGCAACUCCUAAGAGCCCUGAUCCUCCACGUCCCGAUCCUAGUCUACUGUCUCCCCCUCCAGCAGUCAUUCCCAUCCAACAGACUGCUGACAGUCAACAAGAGGAGGACCCACUCAGUCCCACCGAGGAGGCUCAGAGACGCCUGAUGAGGAUCUUCGGUGCCCCACUGGAGCAGGCAGUCAGUGUUUCAGCCCCCGCCCCUGCAUCCCCACAGCCCCAGGGCCCCCUGCAGGUACCGCAGCCCUCCAGCCUUCCUCUGGGCCUUCUGGCUAGAGUUUGUUAUCGUGUGACUUGUCGGAGUGGAUCAGUGGAAGUGGACCCUGUGGCCCUCCUUCAGGCAUCUCACGCUGCAGCUCAGCAGUCUCAGGUGAAGACAGAGGAGCAGAUUGCAGCGGAGCAGGCCUGGUAUGGAUCAGAGAAAGUCUGGCUCAUCCACAAAGAUGGCUUCUCCCUGGCCACCGUGGUAAAGACAGAGGCAGGCUCCCUGCCAGAGGGCAAGGUGAAAAUCAAACUGGAGCAUGAUGGGGCAACACUGGAAGUGGACGAAGACGACAUAGAAAAGGCAAACCCUCCAGCAUACAACCGCUCAGAGGACCUGGCAUCGCUGCUCUAUCUGAAUGAGUCCAGUGUGAUGCACUGCCUGAGGCAGCGCUAUGGAGGCAACCUCAUUCACACCUACGCUGGACUCAACAUGGUGGUCAUCAACCCCCUCAGCACCCCCUCCAUGUACUCUGAGAAGGUGAUGCACAUGUUCAAAGGCUGCCGGCGUGAGGACACGGCGCCUCAUAUCUACUCUGUGGCCCAGUCUGCUUACCGCAACCUGCUCACCACCCGGCAGGAUCAGUCCAUUGUGCUGCUGGGCAAGUCCGGCAGCGGCAAGACCACCAACUGCCAGCACCUCGUCCAGUACCUGGUCUCUAUCGCUGGCAGCACGGGCAAAAUCUUCUCCGCUGAGAAGUGGCAGGCGGUCUACACCAUCCUGGAGGCUUUCGGCAACAGCUCCACCGCCAUGAACACCAACGCCAGCCGCUUCUCCCACGUGGUGUCCCUUGACUUCGACCAGGCUGGGCAGGUGGCCUCUGCCUCCAUCCAGACCAUGCUGCUGGAGAAACUGAGGGUGAGCAAACGUCCUGAGGCAGAGUCCACCUUUAACGUCUUCUACUACAUGAUGGCGGGAGCCGACAGCAGCCUGAGAACGGAGCUGCACUUUAACCACCUGGCUGAGAACAGUGCUUUUGGGAUCCUACCACAGUCGAAGCCUGAGGACAAGCAGCGAGCCGCGCAGCAGUUCACCAAGCUGCAGGCAGCCAUGAAGGUGCUAGGCAUCGCGAGUGAGGAGCAGAAGGCCCUCUGGCUCAUCCUGGGGGCCGUGUACCACUUGGGAGCCGCAGGAGCAACUAAAGACGGAGAUGAAGCGGGACGCAGGCAGUUUGCCCGUCAUGAAUGGGCCCAAAAGGCGGCCUACCUGCUGGGUUGUACGCUGGAGGAGCUGUCCUCGUCUAUCUUUAAGCACCAGGCCAAAGGACUACAGCACUCCACAUCCUUCAGAGGAGGAACGGACGAUGCUGGCCAAGGGGACAGCUCAGGCUCUAAGAUCACAGCUCUGGAGUGUUUGGAGGCCAUGGCGUCUGGACUCUACUCAGAGCUCUUCACUCUUGUCAUCUCCCUAAUUAACAGGGCUCUGAAGUCCAGUCAGCAUUCUCUGUGCUCCCUGCUGAUCGUGGACACUCCGGGUUUCCAGAACCCUCGGCUGGCUCAGCAGCAGCGGGGAGCCACGUUUGAGGAGCUCUGCCACAACUACACCCAGGAGAGGCUGCAGACCCUGUUCCAUGAGCGCACCUUUGUCCAGGAGCUGGAGAGAUACAAGGAGGAAAACAUAGAGCUUGCUUUAGAUGACAUAGAGUCCAGUACCUCAUUGUCGGUAGCAGCUAUUGACCAAGCCUCAACCCAAGCUCUGGUGCGCACUCUGGCCAGGACGGAUGAGGCUCGAGGCCUCCUUUGGCUGAUGGAGGAGGAGGCUGUUCAGCCCGGAGGUUCAGAGGAAACAAUGCUUGAGAGACUCUUCAGUUACUACGGCUCUGCACAGGGAGAAAACAAAGAAUCCAGCCUGCUACUGCGAGGAGAGAAGCCCCACCUCUUCCUGCUUGGCCACAGCCACGGGACGGACUGGGUGGAGUACAAUGCUCAGGGCUGGCUCAGCCACGCCAAGCACAACCCUGCCGCCCAGAACGCUGCCACGCUGCUGCAGGACUCCCAGAAGAAGAACAUCAGUGGGUUGUUCAUGGGCCGGGCCAGCGGGGCCACAGUGUUGUCGGGCUCCAUCGCCGGUCUGGAGGGCAGCUCCCAGCUGGCCCUGCGAAGAGCCACCAGCAUGAGGAAAACCUUCACCACAGGAGUGGCUGCCGUCAAGAAGAAGAGUCUGUGUAUCCAGGUCAAACUGCAAGUGGAUGCUCUGAUUGAUAUGGUGCGUCGUUCCAGGGUUCACUUCGUCCACUGCCUGCUGCCCAAAGCAGAGGCAGUGGGUGGUGGAGGUGAGCCCCGAGUGACGCAUGGAGAGAGCCCCGACUCAGGCCUUAUGACUUUGGACGUGGGCCUCCUGAGAGCUCAACUCCGAGGAUCCAAGCUGCUAGAUGCACUACGCAUCUACAGGCAAGGAUACCCAGACCACAUGGUGUUCUCUGAGUUCCGCCGGCGUUUUGAUGUCCUAGCACCACAUCUGACCAAGAAGCAUGGCCGCCACUACAUUGUCACAGAUGAGAAGAGGGCAGUGGAGGAGCUGCUGGAGUCGUUGGAGCUGGAGAAGAGCAGCUACCACAUGGGGCUGAGCAGGUUGUUCUUCAGAGCGGGGACUCUGUCCAGGCUGGAGGAGCAGCGAGACGUCCAGACCAGGAGAAACAUUACUCUGUUUCAGGCUGCCUGCAGGGGAUACCUGUCCAGACAGGCCUUCAAGAAGAGGAAGAUCCAGGAUCUGGCCAUCCGCUGCAUCCAGAAGAACAUAAAGAAGAAUCGUGGUGUGAAGGGCUGGCCAUGGUGGAAGCUCUUCACCACCGUCAGACCGCUGAUAGAGGUGCAGCUCACUGAGGAGCAGAUCCGUGGCAAAGACGAGGAGAUCCAGCAGCUGAAGCAGAAGCUGGACAAGGUGGAGAAAGAGAGGAACGAGCUGAGGCUCAACAGUGACCGCCUGGAGAGCAGGAUCACAGAGUUGUCGUCAGAGCUGGCUGAUGAACGGAACACCGGGGAGUCAGCCUCCCAGCUGCUAGAGACGGAAACUUCAGAGAGACUGCGCCUGGAGAAGGACAUAAAGGACCUACAGGCCAAGUUUGACACCAUGAAAAAACAGAUGGAGUCCAUGGAGAUGGAGGUGAUGGAGGCUCGACUCAUCAGGGCGUCUGAACUCAACGGAGAGAUGGAUGAUGACGACACAGGAGGAGAGUGGAGGCUGAAGUAUGAGCGAGCCAUCAGGGAGAUUGAAUUCACCAAGAAGAGACUGCAGCAGGAGUUUGAGGACAAGCUGGAGGUGGAGCAGCAGAACAAACGGCAGCUGGAGAGGAGGAUCAGCGACCUGCAGGCCGAUAACGACGAGUCCCAGCGAAACGUCCAGCAGCUGAAGAAGAAAACCCAACGACUGAGCGAACUGCAGGACACCAAGCUUCACCUGGAGGGCCAACAGAGCCGCAACCACGACCUGGAGAAGAAGCAGAGGAAGUUUGACAGUGAGCUGAGUGCAGCCCAAGAGGAGGUGCAGAGGGAGAGGACCCUGAGGGAGAAACUGGCCCGAGAAAAAGACAUGCUGAGUGGAGAUGCCUUCAGCCUCCGACAGCAGCUGGAGGACAAGGACCUGGAGGUGUGCGCGGUCAAACUGAAGGUGGAUCAGCUGGAAGCCGAGCUGCAGGACCUCAACUCCCAGGAAUCCAAGGAUGAGGCAUCACUGGCCAAGGUGAGGAAGCAGCUUCGGGACAUGGAGGCCAAGAUGAAGGAUCAGGAAGAAGAGCUGGACGAGCAGGCCGGCACCAUCCAGAUGUUGGAGCAGGCCAAGCUUCGUCUGGAGAUGGAGAUGGAGCGUUUGCGUCAGACUCAUUCCAAGGAGAUCGAGAGUAAAGACGAUGAGGUGGAGGAGAUCAGACAGUCCUGCAGCAAGAAGCUGAAGCAAAUGGAAGUCCAGCUUGAAGAGGAGUACGAUGAGAAGCAGAAGGUGCUGAAAGAGAAGAGAGAGCUGGAGUCAAAGUUUCUGUCAGCACAGGACAAGGUGAGAAGUGGUGACAUAGAAACUGGUGAGAAGCGUUUGAGGAAGGACCUGAAGAGGACCAAGGCUCUGCUGGCUGACGCACAGAUCAUGUUGGACCACAUUAAGAACAAUGCACCCAGCAAGAGGGAGAUCGCCCAGCAGCUCAAAAACCAGCUGGAGGAGUCUGAGUUCACCAGUGCGGCUGCUGUUAAAGCUCGUAAAUCCAUGGAGGUGGAGAUUGAAGAUCUGCAUGUCCAGAUGGAGGACAUCUCUAAAACUAAACAGGCGCUGGAGGAGCAGCUGAGUCGUCUGCAGAGAGAGAAGAACGACCUGCAGUCCAGGAUGGAGGAGGACCAGGAGGACCUCAACGAGCUCAUGAAGAAACACAAGGCUGCUGUGGCUCAGUCAGCCCAGAACCUGGCGCAGAUCAGUGACCUACAAGCCCAGCUGGAAGAGGCCCUCAAGGAGAAGCAGGAGAUUCAGGAGAAGAUGCAAGCCCUCCAGAGCCAGCUGGAGUUCCAAGAGCAGUCCAUGGUAGAGAAAUCCCUGGUCAGCAGGCAGGAGGCCAAGAUCCGCGAGCUGGAGACCAAGCUGGAGUUUGAGAAGACCCAGGUCAAACGGCUGGAGAGCCUUGUAGCUCGUCUGAAGGAAAACUUGGAGAAGCUGACAGAAGAUCGAGACCAGCGUAGCAGCAGCGAGAAUCGAGAGAAGGAGCAAAACAAACGGCUGCAGAGACAGAUCCGUGACGUCAAAGAGGAGAUGGGCGAACUGGCCAAAAAGGAAGCCGAGGCCAGCCGCAAGAAACACGAGCUGGAAAUGGACAUUGAGAGCUUAGAGGCUGCAAACCAGAGCCUGCAGGCAGACCUCAAACUGGCCUUUAAAAGGAUUGGUGACCUCCAGGCAGCCAUCGAGGACGAGAUGGAGAGUGACGACAAUGAGGACCUCAUCAACAGUUUGCAAGACAUGGUGACAAAGUAUCAGAAAAGACAGAACAGAGUUCAGGGGGAUUCAGAUACAGACUCCGAGGUGGAGGAUCGUGUGGAUGGGGUGAAGUCCUGGUUGUCUAAAAGCAAAGGCUCUGCCAAGAACUUUUCAGAUGACGGCAGCCUCAAGAGCUCCAGAUUUGCCACAAAUGUAGACGCAAAGGAAGGGAAAGAGUGGAAAGAGGGUAAGGAACUGAAAGAGGUCAACAAAGAGGGCAAAGAGUUAGAGACCAACAGGCCAGUGUCAGUGAUGAGCUCGCUCAGCUACAGAAAACGCUCCAACCUGGAUUCCAUCGGCGGAAAAGGGGAUGCCCUUUUCAGUGCUCUAAAGGAAAAUCUUGAUUCAGAAGACACUCUGUCGUACCAUAAGGCUAAAGCCAAGAACUCCGAUCUUCAGGAUGACACCUACUCAGUCAGCUCCAGGAGGAGGUCCCAGGCAGGGGAUGACAUCAACGGCAGAGAAUCAGUCAUCUCCCAGGCCUAUUCAGAGGCAAACAGCCGCACCAGGAAAGGCUUGGACAGCCGUCGGGGUGACUUUGACAAAGAAUCAGUCAUUUCAUAUGCUGCACCAAGUCGGGCCUCCACACGUUUUGGGGUAAGCCCAGAGAAUGAUGCCAAGUCUACCAUCAGCUUAGGUCUAUCAAGCCCACUUGGACGCCGCCCAAGCACCUCACGCUUUGAAGCGGGCAGAGGCGGGCGGGCGCUGUAUGCCAGUAGUCCCAGUAGCCCUUGCUUUAGCCGGCGGUCUGGGGGUCGCAGUCCUGGAGUUCUCAGCCGAGCGGAUUCCCAUAUGUCGCUGGCACGCAGUUGCCGCUUGAGCGAGUUUGACGUUGAUUUUGAUGAUAGUCAAAGCGUGGCGUUCACCGAGAGGUCGGCAUACAGUCCUCACUCCUCUACUGGCCGCAGCGUCUCCAUGCCACCACCACAAGCCAGAUCAUCAACUACUGAUAAAGACCCAGUUGAUGACUUGGAUAUCAGACCAGUCAGUCAUCGCAACUACCUUGACCCUGACCUGGAGAAAGCCAUCAAUGAGGUGCUGAGUUUCAAGCCUAUUAAGUUCAAGCGCCGGAGCUUGGAAGACUCCGAGGGUGAAGAAGAAAAAUCCAAGGAUGAUAAAGAUGACAGCAAAAGUGUCCAUAAUGGUGAUGCUACUCGCCCGACCAGCAGUCUUAGACGCUCUGCAUCCGCAGUGGAUUGCAUGAGACCAUCCCGCAGUGGCAGCAGCAGCAGUCGCCAUCGCAGCAAGAGCAAAAACAAGAGCAAGAAAAAGAAGAGAAGCCACAGCUCAGAGUCUGACAGCUCAGGAGAUCGUCACAGGAGCAGCUCCAAGAGGAGGUCCAAGAAGUCAAAGAAAAAGUCCAAGAAGAGGGAUGAAUCUUCAUCUUCUUCCUCAUCUUCGUCGUUUUCAGAUUCCAAGACAGACUCUGGGUCAGAGUCAAGCUCCGGUGCGUCCACCAUUUCCUACCGAAGCUCCAGCAGUGUGAAGAAGGCCCCGGGUCGAAAGGCGUCCAGCCCAGAAGGGGGAGGAGAAGCUGGUGAGAGCCAGCCCGUGAACAAAAAGGAAGAAAAGAAGAGGAAGAAGAAGGUGGACAGCCUGAUGAUGAAGUACCUGUACCGGCCAGACAGUGACUGAGGCAGGCACCCCACUGGCCGAAGACACUACUACUUCAAUAGAUCUGAUGAAGAGGAGGAGGAA